UAACUUCCGACACUAAGGGAGAGAACAACGUUUUACUGAUAUAAGACUGGUUUACGAUUUACGUCAUUGUAUAUAUCGCGUAUAUUACGAUGUCACGGUAACAGCUUUGUUAUCGUCUGGUAACGGAUAAACAAUACUAGUUAGUCAAUAUAUCCGCUUUUUUCGUCAUGGGUCGCAUACGUAGGGAAGGAAAGUUCAUCAAAAAGGAUAAAUUAAAGCGCUCUUUGAGAAUGAAUAAUUUAAAUAGCCUCAGUCGGGAAGACCACACUUAUAUUCUCACUAAUAAUUCGCAAGAUGUAAGUUUUUGUGAGUUGGACGUUGGACAAUCGGUGUCCGUUCACAGUGACCCUUCUUUUGACGAAACAUGGAAAGAAGGUCGUCGGCUAGUCGAAUUGCUCCACCUCGCACAGAAUCUCUUCUGCAAAAUGUGUAACUGUCCCUUGCAGUUAAUUGACACUGUCGGCGAACGGAAGUACGGCCUUGGUAGCAUUUUGUUCAUACCCUGUAGUAGCUGCAGUGCUUGUAACAGUGUGGAAACGGGAAAAAGAAGUGAGACUGGUGCAUUUGUAGUGAAUUCAAAAGUUGCAUUAGGAAUGAUACAUGCAGGAAUUGGGGCCACACAUGUCAACAAUUUUCUUGGUGCAUUGAAUGUACCUCCUGUGAAUUCCUCCACCAUCAAGAAAAAGGAAAAUGAAAUUGGGAAAAAAAUAUUUGAAGUUGCAAGAGAAUCAUGUCAAUCAAAUCAAAAGAAGGAACAGUUAAUGAGUAAUGGAAAGGUUGAAGCCAGUUUUGAUGCAGGAUGGCAAAAGCGGGGUACUGGUUGGAAUUAUGAUAGUAAUACAGGACAUGCCAGCAUGAUCGGUACAAUGACGGGUAAAGUCAUAGACUUCUCUCAUAGAAGCCGGAAUUGCAAAGUCUGUGAAUACCAUAUGGGUAGAAAAGAAACAGUCCCUUCACAUGACUGCAGCAAGAAUUGGCAGGGUACAAGUAAAGGCAUGGAACCUGAUAUGGCUUUAGAGAUGACCCACAAUCUGAAGGAUAAUGGAUGUCCUAUUCAUGUUCUCCAUGCUGAUAAUGACUCGACCACAACAGCAAGAUUAAAGGUUGAUUUUAAAGAACUGCAAAAGAAAGAUGACCAGAACCAUAUCAAGAAAGGUUUUUCUAAGAAACUGUAUGAUUUGUCUAAAACAUUUAAGGAAUUGAAACACCCAGAAGUCAUACCAUACCUUGUACGAUGCUUUAUGUAUGCCAUCAAAGAAAAUAACAAUUCCUCAGAAAACAUAAGGAGUGCCUUCAGCAGAUUAGUCCAACACAUUUUUGGAGACCACACUUUAUGUACAGAUGCUGAAUGGUGUACAUAUAAGAAUGACCCAGAAAAUUGUAGGUACAUGUAAGACAUAAUAACACACCUUAAAAUUGGUAUGCAUAUGAAAAUAAGAAGGUGUGGUAAGAUUGCCAUGCAAAGAGACAACUCAGUCUUCCUUAGGAAAAGUGCAGACAUUGUGUCAGCAAUAAUAGGUUACUGUAAAUGUAUACACCUUCAUUAAUGAGCAAAAGACUACAUCUCAUAAAAAAGGAUCUUAUGUUUGUUAAGUAAUGACUAUACAU